ACAAAAUGAAAGACAAAAUAUGUGCAGAUUUUGUUUUUAUUUUGAUUUUGCCGUUAUUUCUUGUACAAAUUUUCUGUUUUGUGUCUUUUUUGUAGCUAUAUAGCACUAUAUAAUAAUUAUCACUAUUAACAUUUGCUAACAUUUUUCUAGGUAGAAGAAUAUUAGAUUUUUCUUUUUCUUCUAUCAACACCCAGCCAAACUGUUUCAGUAAAAUGAACAUUUUAAAUUGAAUUACCAUUUUGAGGAAUUGUAUGAAUGCUACACAGUCUGAGCCCUUGACGUCCUCAUUUCAGUUGACUAGACGUACAUGUACACACUAUCAUUCAGAAAUUUGGGGUCGGUAAGAUUUUUUUAUGUUUUUGAAAAAAGCCUCUUAUGCUUACCAAGGCUGCAUUUAUUUGAUCAGAAAUACAGUUUAAAAAAACAGUGAUAUUGUAAAAUAUUAGCACAAGUUAAAAUAACUGUUUACUAUUUGAAUAUAUAUUUUAAAAUGUGAUUUAUUCCUGAGAUGGCAAAGCUGAAUUUUCAGCAUCAUUACUCCAGUCUUCAGUGUCACAUGAUCCUUCAGAAAUCAUUCUAAUAUGCUGAUUUGCUGCUCAAGAAACAUUUUCAAAUUAUUAUGAAUUAUCAUCUAUUAUUAAUUUUGAAAACAGUUGGGCUCCUUAAUAUUUUUUUGGAAACCAUGAUACUCUUUUUUUGUUCAGGAUAUAUAUAUAUACUGACCCCAAACUUUUGAACAGUAGUGUAUAUUCUUAAAAUCCUUCACAGUGUAAACGUCACACUGUUUCACACAGGAAGACACUGAUUAUUCAUUAUCAAGAAUGACCGAUACGGUUCUCAUAGCUAAUGAAUCAGUAACCAGUUGACUAGGCAAAUUUACCCAGUGUGCACAGGGGAUGUCAGAACAAGCCUCAAGGGAAAACAAGGAUUUUGAAAAGUCUGUUUUCAGUAAGAAUACCAGAACUACGUGAGGACACAUUCACUCUGUGUGAACCCACAGUGUUUUUUUUAAGGCAGAACACCUGUUCUAGAUUAUGUAGUGAAGCUGAAAGGGACUCUGCUAACAUCAUACUCAUUUCUGCACUGUGAUGGACAGGCUUGACCUCCAUUCAGCAGCUCCAUCCAUUGACACCAACCUGCAGGGUCCCAGCAUUGCUCUUACAAAUAAAAUCUCUGCUGCUGUUAUUAAGGUGUUCAAGGGAGAACAACUACAGCCGAAUGAGCUAUACGCAUUGAAUCAAAAUACCAGGCAGCUUCUAAGGACAGAUAUGGGCUUCUUUAUCAAAGAGUAUUUCCAGAAUCAGAUUUUGACCAAAGGUCUAUCAAUCAUUUUGGAUGAGAUACAAAAGCAUCAAGGAGAGUCUGGAGAGAGACAGCUUUUUGUUUUGGCCCAGGUGUGGGACAGAUUUUUCUCUGAGAUCCUACCUACUUUACAGGCUAUUUUAUAUCCUCUGCAGGGGCAGGAGUUGACAGUGAGACAGAUGGCUCUCCUCGGCUUUAGGGAUCUGGUCCUAUUGAAGCUCUCUCUAGGUGACCUGCUGCGCAAGAAUCUGUCUCUCAUCCCAACAUCCAUCACACAGAUGCUCCUUGUGCUACAGGGUAUUCAGGAAUCCAGAGGCCCUUCAAAGGAAUAUUGCCAACUUGAGAGUCUGGUGGCGCUAGUGGUCACACCCUAUCUAUGGAACUGCAGGCACACAAGCUGCACUGAACAAAGCACCACAAGAGCACACCAGAGUCAUCCUGAGAUAAGGAUUACUCAUUAUAUCUCUGAAGGCUCUUUGCUGUCCCCUGUAAUGGAACAAGAAGGGGAGGUAUACCUAGAGCGAGUGGGAAACAUACGCCGCCACAGCGUGACAAAUGCUCAUUCUGACAUCCAGCUGCUCACUGUUACUAGCAGAGUAUAUUCUGGGAUGGACGACAGCUGUGAGACCAUAGAUGUGACUAGAAGAACACACCUCUGAAAUCCAGUAGCCCCUGACUGCAGAACACAAGAUCCAGGGGGCGGAGAUGGGUAGGUUUUAGGGAUAUGUAAAGUGGGAGGAGUUGGAUUCAGAUCCAGGGGGUGGAGAUGGGUAGGUUUAGAUCCAGGGGGCGGAGACAGGCAGGUUUAGGGAUAUGUAAAGUGGGAGAAGCUGGAUCCAACCCCAGCCACUGUACCUUGUGUUCUGCAGUGAAGACCAUCUCACUAAAAAUGCACAGGAAAGAUAGGACAUUUAACAAUAAUUUAUAAAGACACAUUUGAGCACUAUAUUUUGAUGAAAAAAAGAACAUUAUAUGAAAGGAUUGUCAGAUUUCCAGUGUCAAUACAAUCAUCAGAUUAACUUGCAUACAUUAGUCCAUCAGAUUAAAAAUACUCCUACUUUGUCAAUGUUGUUCAAUGAAGCAUGUAAAACAUUCACACAUCUAAGCAAUAUUGGACACAAAUUAAGUAAGAUGACAUCUGCAUUAAAGGUGCAAUCACAUUGA